CACUUCAUUUCUCACACAAUAGUCACGAUGAUGAUAAAUUUUCAAUCAGAUUUUGGAAAUGGAGGAUGAUGGGUUUGGCUCCUUUUCUGUUUGUUUUUUCAUUCAAACUGAUCCCUCGGUCUACCUGUGGCUUAGGACCCGGGCAGACGCGUUCAAGUUUUCCAAAAUGGCGGCAAAAAUUCAAGUAAAGUCGCCAUCUCCAAGUCCUCCUAAAAACCAAAGACAAGAGAAAUCAUCCAUACCGUUUGCUGAUGGGUUUGUCUUGCCGACUCCAUAUAAGAAACAUAGAGCACUCGGGAUACGCAAAAGAGAAAUCACAAAAGAAUACGAACCGGGUGAAAAUGGGGUGUUUUUCAAGAAUGGCACAGUAUAACGAGGAAGGACAAACAUUUAAAAGUUUUCUAUCGACAUGUCCAUGGCUCUCAACCAAAAAAAAACACUUAAUAAAAGAGGAUUUCCAUCCUGAGGGAAACUGUAUAAAGGAUAGGUAUCCAGAAGGAAAAAUAUACAUUCUUCCUCUGGGAGAUUUCGAUCGAAUGAGCCCUGAUAUCCACGUACUCGCACGAUAUGCACAACUCUUUUACGAUCUCCCUGUCGUUGUUCUCCCGAAGGUCGAUCUCAAAAUACCUGAAGAGAAAGAUGGACCAGUUAUGUGGUGUGAAUCAGCAUCAGAGCCAUCUGAUGGUGAAGACAAACCAAGAUCUAAAAGAAGAAAGAGCUCUCGUAUAGCUUCAAAUAUGCACAUACUGGACCAUAGAUGGAAUACAGGGAGAAUUCAGCUGAAGGUAGAUGGUAUCCUUAAGCUCUUGUCAAGGCACAGGCCUCCCAAUACUCUUUGCCUCAUUGCACUGACAAUGUCUGAUCUUUAUGAAGAGGAGCCAGAUUUAUUUGUUGCUGGAAUGGCUUCUGGAAACAAGGGCGUUGCAGUUUUUAGUUUUGCCAGGUAUGACCCUGUUAUAACAUUCUCUACUGAAUUUUGGUAUGAAAUUGAGAAGACUUUUAAUUUCAAAGAAGAAGAGAGGACUUCUCUAAUGCUACAGCGUAGUUGCAAGCUUCUAGUUCAUGAGAUUGCUCAUUUGUUUGGAAUUGACCACUGCAUAUGGUAUGCAUGCUGUAUGAAUGGCUCUGGACAUCUAGGAGAAGAUUUUUCUCAGCCAAUACACCUCUGCCCGGUUGAUCUGCAUAAGGUACAAAAGCUCUGUGGUUUUGAUGUGGUGUUGAGAUACAAAGGGGUAAGUGCCCACAUUCCUUUUUUGUCAAAGCAAACAGCAAACAAUGUGCUCUUUCUGCAGCUGGUUCUUUAUGAGAGCCCAAUAUGAACAAGGUAAUGGGGUGUGGUUCUUUAUGAGAGCCCAAUAUGAACAAGGUAAUGGGGUGUGGUUCUUUAGGAGAGCCCAAUAUGAACAAGGUAAUGUGGGUGUCGUUCUUUAGGAGAGCCCAAUAUGAACAAGGUAAUGGGGUGUGGUUCUUUGUGAGAGCCCAAUUUGAACAAGGUAAUGGGGUGUCGUUCUUUAUGAGAGCCCAAUAUGAACAAGGUAAUGGGGUGUCGUUCUUUAGGAGAGCCCAAUAUGAACAAGGUAAUGGGGUGUCGUUCUUUAGGAGAGCCCAAUAUGAACAAGGUAAUGGGGUGUCGUUCUUUAUGAGAGCCCAAUAUGAACAAGGUAAUGGGGUGUGGUUCUUUAUGAGAGCCCAAUAUGAACAAGGUAAUGGGGUGUGGUUCUUUAGGAGAGCCCAAUAUGAACAAGGUAAUGGGGUGUCGUUCUUUAUGAGAGCCCAAUAUGAACAAGGUAAUGGGGUGUCGUUCUUUAUGAGAGCCCAAUAUGGACAAGGUAAUGGGGUGUCGUUCUUUAGGAGAGCCCAAUAUGAACAAGGUAAUGGGGUGUCGUUCUUUAUGAGAGCCCAAUAUGAACAAGGUAAUGGGGUGUCGUUCUUUAUGAGAGCCCAAUAUGAACAAGGUAAUGGAGUGUCGUUCUUUAUGAGAGCCCAAUAUGGACAAGGUAAUGGGGUGUCGUUCUUUAGGAGAGCCCAAUAUGAACAAGGUAAUGGGGUGUCGUUCUUUAUGAGAGCCCAAUAUGAACAAGGUAAUGGGGUGUCGUUCUUUAUGAGAGCCCAAUAUGAACAAGGUAAUGGGUUGUCGUUCUUUAUGAGAGCCCAAUAUGAACAAGGUAAUGGGGUGUGGUUCUUUAUGAGAGCCCAAUAUGAACAAGGUAAUGGGGUGUCAUUCUUUAUGAGAGCCCAAUAUGAACAAGGUAAUGGGGUGUCGUUCUUUAGGAGAGCCCAAUAUGAACAAGGUAAUGGGGUGUCGUUCUUUAGGAGAGCCCAAUAUGAACAAGGUAAUGGGGUGUCGUUCUUUAUGAGAGCCCAAUAUGAACAAGGUAAUGGGGUGUCGUUCUUUAUGAGAGCCCAAUAUGAACAAGGUAAUGGGGUGUGGUUCUUUAGGAGAGCCCAAUAUGAACAAGGUAAUGGGGUGUCGUUCUUUAUGAGAGCCCAAUAUGAACAAGGUAAUGGGGUGUCGUUCUUUAUGAGAGCCCAAUAUGAACAAGGUAAUGGGGUGUGGUUCUUUAGGAGAGCCCAAUAUGAACAAGGUAAUGGGGUGUCGUUCUUUAUGAGAGCCCAAUAUGAACAAGGUAAUGGGGUGUCGUUCUUUAUGAGAGCCCAAUAUGAACAAGGUAAUGGGGUGUGGUUCUUUAGGAGAGCCCAAUAUGAACAAGGUAAUGGGGUGUCGUUCUUUAUGAGAGCCCAAUAUGGACAAGGUAAUGGGGUGUCGUUCUUUAGGAGAGCCCAAUAUGAACAAGGUAAUGGGGUGUCGUUCUUUAUGAGAGCCCAAUAUGAACAAGGUAAUGGGGUGUCGUUCUUUAUGAGAGCCCAAUAUGGACAAGGUAAUGGGGUGUCGUUCUUUAGGAGAGCCCAAUAUGAACAAGGUAAUGGGGUGUCGUUCUUUAUGAGAGCCCAAUAUGAACAAGGUAAUGGGGUGUCGUUCUUUAUGAGAGCCCAAUAUGAACAAGGUAAUGGAGUGUCGUUCUUUAUGAGAGCCCAAUAUGGACAAGGUAAUGGGGUGUCGUUCUUUAGGAGAGCCCAAUAUGAACAAGGUAAUGGGGUGUCGUUCUUUAUGAGAGCCCAAUAUGAACAAGGUAAUGGGGUGUCGUUCUUUAUGAGAGCCCAAUAUGAACAAGGUAAUGGGUUGUCGUUCUUUAUGAGAGCCCAAUAUGAACAAGGAAAUGGGGUGUCGUUCUUUAUGAGAGCCCAAUAUGAACAAGGUAAUGUGGUGUUCUUUAUGAGAGCCCAAUAUGAACAAGGUAAUGGGGUGUCGUUCUUUAUGAGAGCCCAAUAUGAACAAGGUAAUGGGGUGUCGUUCUUUAUGAGAGCCCAAUUUGAACAAGGUAAUGUGGUGUCGUUCUUUAUGAGAGCCCAAUAUGAACAAGGUAAUGGGGUGUCGUUCUUUAUGAGAGCCCAAUAUGAACGAGGUAAUGUGGUGUGGUUCUUUAUGAGAGCCCAAUAUGAACAAGGUAAUAUGGUGUCGUUCUUUAUGAGAGCCCAAUAUGAACAAGGUAAUAUGGUGUCGUUCUUUAUGAGAGCCCAAUAUGAACAAGGUAAUGGGGUGUCGUUCUUUAUGAGAGCCCAAUAUGAACAAGGUAAUGUGGUGUGGUUCUUUAUGAGAGCCCAAUAUGAACAAGGUAAUGGGGUGUCGUUCUUUAUGAGAGCCCAAUAUGAACAAGGUAAUAUGGUGUCGUUCUUUAUGAGAGCCCAAUAUGAACAAGGUAAUGGGGUGUCGUUUUUUAAGAGAGCCGAAUAUGAACAAAGUAAUGGGGUGUGGUUCUUUAUGAGAGCCCAAUAUGAACAAGGUAAUGGGGUGUCGUUCUUUAUGAGAGCCCAAUAUGAACAAGGUAAUGGGGUGUCGUUCUUUAUGAGAGCCCAAUAUGAACAAGGUAAUGUGGUGUGGUUCUUUAGGAGAUACCAAUAUAAACAAGGUAAUGUGGGUGUGGUCAAACACCUCUUUCCCCUCACCCACCAGAAUAAAGCCACACCCAAAAAAACUUUGUUACUCCUCGAAACAUCAAACCUAAAAAAUAGUGUGUGAUAUCUCCUCAGUUGUUGUGAAAUAUGUAAAUGUACACAAUAUAGGCAGGGCUGAGAGCAUUUUGGGCAACACGCCCCUACCCCUCACCCAUCACAGACACACCCAAACAACAUCUGCACCGUUGUCCUUUCUCAAAUUGACCAACCCUCAACAAUCUGAUCUGUCCACAGUUAUUACGAUUCUUUAGAGAACAUAGAAUGGAAAAAGAAGCAGAAUGGGUGUCAAGAAGAUUGGACUACAUCACAGGAUAGUGCUAAAAUGCUGACAAGUAACACCAAAUAUGUUCCAUAGAUCUGUAUUUGUCUGUGAGUUGUUGCAAUAUAAUUUACACAAUGUG